GGCAGCCGAGGCAGUUGCGCCUGCGUGUGACCCGAGAGGCGAGGGGGCGGGGCCUAGUUAGAAUUUUGGCGGGUGACCCGGCUGAGGGGAGCGGAGCUGGGCGCGGUGAGAUUCUUCCUUUGGGGACUCUGCUGAAGCAGUCCUGUUGAAAUCAUGGAUGGUGAUGAUGACUUGGAGCUGUUGGCCUCCCUGUUAGAAGAGAAUGAGGCAGCUGAGGAUGGGACUACUCCUGAAGAGACCACAGCUCACUCAGAUGAGGCUGGAGAACCAGAUGAGUAUGAUGAGCUCUUUGACGCAGAGGAUGAUGCAUCCUACACCGAGGAGGUUGAUGCCGAGGAGAGUGAAACCAGUGAACAGAAGGAAAAUGCAUCUGCGUUGUUUGGAGAUGUGGAUGACCUGACAGAAGAAGAGGAAGAGGAAGAAACUGUACAGGAAAUACCCUGUUCUCCAGCUCUCAAUCAGGAGAAGGAGAAAAACAAUCAAGAUUUGCAAGAUGAACUGAGGAAAUUGCAAGAGCAGAUGAAGAAGUUACAGGAGCAGUUACAAAUGACUGCAAUUGGGCAGCCAUCCAGCUCAGGCCCUCAGAAAAAAACCCUCGGUAAAUCGCCAUGUAUUCCCUUCAAGGAAAGGAAAACGCCGAAACUCCAGGAGUCACCAUGUUUCUCUGCUCAGCUCAACAGUCCUGCUUUAUCGAUAACCAAACUGCGAGCCCAGAAACCAAAACAUUCACCAUCAGAGAAUAAGAGUCCUCCUCCAAGGCCAAUAUCAAGUUCAUCAUUUCAACCUCUCAGAUCUACUCCUGGGAACAGGCCCAAAAUGGCCACCAGACACCGGACUCCCCAAAUGCAAGGGAGUUCCAGUGUGACUGAUCAGCCAGUCUCUGUGGAAACUUUCUCUGGGCUCAGAUUAAGAAAACCCCGUGUGUCAUCAGUGGAAAUAGACAGGAAAAUGGCUGGACGGAAGCUGAUCAGACUGUCUCAACUGCAAGGCAAACUGGCUGGGGGGAAUCUGGAGGAAACAGACUGGGUAACAUUUGGAGUCAUAAUAAAGAAAAUCACCCCUCAGAGCUCAAAUAACGGCAAAACUUUCAGUAUCUGGCGGCUGAACGACCUGCGUGAUCUGAACAGCUGUGUCUCGUUGUUUUUGUUUGGUGAUGUCCACAAAGAACACUGGAAGACAGACCAAGGCAUGGUCAUCGGGCUGCUCAAUGCUAAUCCCAUGAAACCUAAAGAAGGCUCGGAUGAGAUGUGUUUGUCUGUUGAUCACCCCCAGAAGAUCUUACUUUUGGGUGAAGCUCUGGACCUGGGAACCUGCAAAGCUAGGAAGAAGAGUGGGGACCCAUGUACACAGAUUGUUAACCUGAAUGACUGUGAAUAUUGCCAGUACCACGUACAAUCCCAGUACAAGAGGCUCAGCUCAAAGCGGGCAGAUUUACAGUCUAGCUUCUCCAGUGGCCGUGCUCCAAAAAGGAUAGCUCGCAAAAAUCCCAGCUUGAAGGAGAGGCUCUGUCAGGAUGGGUUUUACUAUGGAGGUGUUUCUUCGGCAGCCUAUGCAGCCUCAGUUGCAGCAGCUGCAGCCCCUAAGAAGAAGAUACAAACCACUCUCACGAAUCUGGUCGUCAAAGGAGCCGAUGCAAUUGUACAGGAAACUAGAGAGAAAAUAGGUAUGGCGAAGAAACCCAUGCCGUGUACUGAUGAGUUCAAAGAAUUGUUGGCAAUGCCAACCUUUGGAGCACGAAACCUCUGCAAACACUUGGCCAAAGCAGAUGCAGCAGAUGUUCGAGGGAAGCAAGGAUCUGCUUUCCAGUCUAUCUCCGCUUCAGCACUGAUCAAACAACAGAAGCAGCAAAUGCUGGAGGCCAGAAAAAAGCGAUCAGAAGAUAUACAGAGGCGGUUUCUUCAGACUACAACAAAAACCAAUAGCCCAGCUUUACCAUCCUCCUCAGGGCUCCGCUCUCCAACCCCAGGGGCUGAAUUUCCCAAAGCUGCAAAAAUGUCAACCCCUCAAACACCCAGGCUGGGGAUAGGCUUCACUGAGGGCGAUGAUGUCCUCUUCUUUGAUGAUUCUCCACCUCCAGUACCAAAAUUGAAUGGUUUAGCAGAAGCUAAAAAGUUGGCUGCUAUAAACAAACUGCGAGCAAAAGGCCAAAUCCUCAAUAAAACCAACCCAAACAGUGUUAAACGGAAACGACCUGAUCUUGCCGAUGUUCUGGAGAUCACGGAGAGAGUUGAGAAAAACAUCCCCUCAUCACAAGCUGCAGAUGAACUAGAACCUGCCCAAAAGAAACGUCGAGAACAGCUGGCAUAUCUGGAAUCUGAAGAGUUCCAGAAAAUCCUGAAUGCCAAGUCCAAGCACGUGGGCGUCCUUAAGGAGGCUGAGGCUGCGCUGCAGGAACGCUACUUUGAACCUCUGGUGAAAAAGGAACAACUGGAAGAGAAGAUGAAGAACAUUAAAGAAGUGAAGUGUCGGGUUGUGACGUGCAAAACGUGUAAAUACACCUAUUUCAAGCUCCUAGAGACGUGUGUGAAGGAGAAUCAUGAAUACCACUGGCAUGAUGGUGUCAAGCGAUUCUUCAAGUGUCCCUGUGGAAACAGAGCCUUAUCUCUUGACAGGCUACCGAAAAAGCCCUGCAGCGCCUGUGGCCUCUUCAAAUGGGAACGCGAUGGAAUGCUCAAGGAGAAGAAAGGUCCGAAGAUUGGUGGAGAAACGCUUUUACCAAGAGGGGAAGAGCAACCCAAAUUUCUUAAUAACCUUAAGUAAUCCACCAGUGAUUGUCACAACAUACCCCUCAUUUUUUGUCUCCGAAUUAAUCACUUUUUUAUCAUAAAGCAACUGAGUGCUGGGUUUUGCAACAAACAAGCAGGGCAAUCGAUUUCUUGGGACAAGGUCUUUCCUCCAGUAUCCGGAUUGGAAUGUCCAGCUUUGAACUUUUUAAACUGAUUGAAGAAACCUCAUGUGAAUUUCUUGUUCAUGCCCUUCAUUCUUAGGAACGUGCUGUUCACAGUAUUUAAUUUAGGGAAGAGACAUCUAGUAUCAUGGAAUCUGAACCACGAAGUGGUUUCCUCUGGAUCCUGAAGUGUGUGUAGAACAUUUCAUUAGAACCACCCCACCGGACUCAUAAGAUGUAAACAAUUAUGAUCUUGGAGGGACCUUUGAAACAGUCUGCAAGUACUUGUAGCAUGUCUGUGGUUCAUAUAGUGGUCCAUCAUGGGGAACACGUCCAUCAUGGUGUCUUAAUUCAGCUAUUCCAGUCCUAGGAAAUACUACCUCCCAUUGUUACAGGGUGCAUAAGCAGCAGCAUAUAGCAGGUUGAACUUAUAGAGGUACAUGAUGUGGCAUGACACUUUCCAUUGUUUCCAGAAAUCCACAGGGCAAAUUUCAAGCUGUUUGUGUGAGUUCUUACUGUGUAAAGUUUUCAAAAGGGCCUGAGUGGCACCGGCACUUGACUUUCAUCUAAGCCAUUCAGGUGCUUUUGAAAGUGGCACCCCCGCCUUCCAGCUGAUUGCCCCACAUGCAUGUAGGCUGCCCGGUGUCGACUGAUGACCUGUCAUCUUUACAACUGCAGACCCAGAACGUGCCAAUUAUAAAAUGGUAAAAUUUAAAUUCUUUUAAUGAAUCAGCCAAUAUUUUGUCAGUGGCUUUAAUGAGCAGACAAAGAACAGAUUAUUUUAGAUAGCUUUUAACCCUUUUUCUAGCGUUUUUUAAUAUUUUUUUUAAUGGAUACAAAUAGCACAGUCUUUAGGACCCCCUAGGGCCUGACUGUGUGAAUCCUUUGUGGGAUAUUAUCUGCUUCACGCUGAGCCGCGUGAGCUCCCGAAUGCCAGGUCUCCUGCGGAGUUUCCCUAGAAGUACUGGCUGUGUUUGGCAAACGUUACCCUGUUUGACAAUCUCCUUGGAAGCAGCCCUGGUUUGUGGCAUCAGGGUCCGUCAGAUUCCUAAAACCAUGAAUAUAUUUGUAGGCGUUCAGACAAACUCCCAGAGACAACGUAAGGUUUGGUUUACACUUAAAAGUUAUGUCAGCGUAACUACGUUGGUCAGGGGUCCGAAAAAACCAUUCCCAGACCAACAGCUGUGUCGAUAAACCCCCUAGUGCUGAUGCAGCUAUGUUAAAGGAAGAGUGCUUCUGUCUGUGUAGCUGUUGUUGUUCGGGGAGGUGGUGUUCCUUCACCAACAGAAAAUCUGUUGAUGUGAAAGCUGCAUCUACGCUAGGGAGCUAUAGUGACAUCUCUAUGCCAACAUAGGCUCCGUCAUGUAGACAAACCCUAAUGUGUCCAGUGGACUUCUAGGUUGAAAGCGCUUAUAUUACCCUUUUUUGCACAAGAUACGCAGAUGAGUAAGUAAUUUGAAUUGUAAAGACUUAUCUGUACACUCUGCAACCAUUAGUGUCCCCAGUUGGUGCUGUUGCCUUCAGUCUUGCCCAUCCUAUGAGGUUCAGAAUCAUUGCUUUUAAUCCACUGUGUGGAACAGCUGACAAGUGGGUACUGCCAUUUAUUGACGAUUGUAAAUAUUUAAUUGUGACACUUCGGCAUCUCUCGGAAUCUUUGUAAAUAUAUUGCACAAUAAAGAGCUCCAGGGGUUUAAAUGUUACCGUUUGUAUUACAAUAAAUGAUAACUCCUGAA